CUUGGUGACCACGUCGCGUGUCCGGAGUGCGUACAAUAUCCUGCUCUCGCUGCCGUCAUGUCUCUGGUCUCCAAGAAGGACGAGGAAAGUGGUCUGAGCACCUACUACAACAACAAGACCACUGUUAUCCAGGAAGCACGCGUCUUCAACGACUCCCCCAUAAGCCCGCGAAGAUGUAGGGCACUCCUUACCCGCAUCGUAUUCUUGCUAUAUGUCGGGGAGACUUUUGGGACGCAGGAGGCGACGACGCUGUUCUUUGGGACGACGAAGCUCUUCCAACACAAGGACAGUGCACUGCGGCAGAUGGUGUACCUCGCGAUCAAGGAGCUCGCCGGCACGGCGGAGGACGUGAUCAUGGUGACGAGCAGUAUUAUGAAGGAUAUGCAGCCCAACUCGGAGGUCAUCUACAGACCAAACGCGAUUCGUGCACUAUGCCGUAUUAUCGAUCCAUCUAUGGCGCAAGGUGUGGAACGGUUCUUCAAGGCAGCGAUAGUCGACAAGAAUCCCUCCAUCUCAUCUGCCGCGCUCGUCUCCGCAUACCACCUGUUCCCUAACGCGAAGGACGUCGUCAAGCGGUGGGUCAACGAGGCGCAGGAGGCGGUCAGCGGCAAGUCUUCCAGUUCGUUCUUUGCAGGAAACUCUGGUGGUGGCUACCUUGGCUGGGGAGGCUCGUCCUCGCAACCUACGAACGGUUAUUCGCCUGUGCCUUCGACCAGCAACAUCACGCAGUACCACGCGCUAGGGCUACUCUACUUGAUCCGCCAGCAGGAUCGUAUGGCAGUCACGAAGAUGAUCCAGCAACUUGGUGGAGGCAAGUCAGGCGCGGGUACUACACUCAAGAAUCCUAUGGCUCUGUGCAUGCUCAUCCGUUAUGCGGCUAAGAUCAUGGAAGAGGAUCCCAACAUGCAGAGGCAAAUGUUUGACCUGCUGGAGGGCUGGUUGCGGCACAAGAGCGACAUGGUCAACCUCGAAGCUGCUCGUGCCAUCUGUGAGAUGAAGGGCGUCACCGCUCAGCAGCUUACAAGGUCUAUCGCAGUACUACAGCUCUUCCUCUCGUCGCCCAAGUCUACACUGAAGUUUGCUGCGACUCGGACGUUGGCGGCGCUGGCUGUGAACCAUCCCCAGAGCGUGGCUGCUUGCAACAUGGACUUGGAGAACCUCAUUUCAGACCAAAACCGCAGUGUUGCGACCUACGCCAUCACGACGCUGCUGAAGACCGGCAACGAGGCUUCGGUAGAUCGCCUCAUGAAGCAGAUUACAGGCUUCAUGAGUGAAAUCAGCGAUGAGUUCAAGGUCAUCAUCGUCGACGCCAUCCGCUCGCUCUGCCUCAAAUUCCCAUCCAAGCACGCGUCUAUGCUCGCCUUCCUGUCUGGUGUGCUCCGUGACGAGGGAGGCUACGACUUCAAGCGCGCCGUCGUCGAGGCCAUGUUCGACAUGAUCAAGUUCAUCGGGGACUGCAAGGAGCAAGCGCUCGCGCAUCUCUGUGAAUUCAUCGAGGACUGUGAGUUCACGAAGCUUUCCGUGCGGAUCCUGCACCUGCUUGGUGCAGAGGGCCCGCAGGCGCCGCAGCCGACGAAGUAUAUCCGGUUUAUCUACAACCGUGUGGUGCUCGAGAAUGCUACCGUACGCGCUGCAGCAGUGUCGAGCCUGGCCAAGUUCGGUCUCAACGGUUUGGAUGAGAAGCUGGCUAGCAGUGUCAGAGUCCUUCUCAACCGGUGUCUGGAUGAUGUGGACGACGAGGUCCGAGAUCGUGCCGCACUUUACUUGAAGGUAUAUGAGGAUCCACCGUUGGUCACUACAUACGUAAAAGAAGAGUCGAUCUUCUCCUUGGCCGCUCUCGAGUCCAAGCUGGUAUCAUACAUCAGUGAUUCCGAAUCUCUGGACAAGCCCUUCGAUGCAUCUUCAGUACCCAAAAUCAGCAAGGAGCAGGCUUCGAAGGAGGUAGCUCGUCCCAGUAGUCUGGAGACCAUUGGCGUCCCCUCGACAUCGAAGGCCGCAACUCCCCCGCCUCAGACGGCUGCGGAGACGCAGUCUGCAUACGCACAGCAGCUCGCCGAUGUUCCGGAGUUCGCAGACUAUGGUCCUGUGCUCAACAGCAGCUCGAAGCCUUCCCAGCUUACGGAGGCAGAGACCGAGUAUCAGGUAUCAUGUGUCAAGCACAUAUUCAAGGAACAUAUCGUAUUCCAGUUCAAUGUGUCGAAUACGAUCCCAGACACGGUUCUGGAGCAGGCUUCCGUCGUGAUGCAACCGCAGACAGACUCGGGACUCACAGAAGACUUCAUCAUUCCUUUGCCGACAUUAUCGCAAGCCACAUCUCCCGGGACUGUCUACGUCUCAUUCACGCGCGACAGCCCAGAAGAAUACACGCUCGCCUCAUUCCAAUGCGUGCUCAAGUUCGUCAGCAAGGAGGUGGACCCGUCGACGGGCGAGCCCGAGGAGGAAGGCUACGAAGACGAGUACCAGCUGGAGGAGACCGAGCUUGCUGCGGGCGACUACAUCAUUCCCAGCUACGCGACUUUCUCGUCGGAGUGGGACCGUAUGCGCGAUGGGGAGACCGCGACAGAAACCUUCGCGCUAUCUGCGAUGGAGUCCAUGAAAGCUGCAUGCGACUCUAUCAUCGAGAUUCUCAACGUGCAGCCGCUGGGCGGCACGGAGGAGCCUCAAAACCCGACUGUGCAUACGCUGCAAUUGUCCGGCUUGAUCCCAGGCGGAGGCGGAAAGGUGCUCGUGCGGUGCCGGAUGACCUACUCGAAGACGCAGGGUGUCACGCUAGAGCUGGCCGUCCGCGCAGAGCAGCAGCAGGCUUGCGGACUGGUGCUCACGGCUAUCGGUGGUUGAGUCGCCGGGUGGUGUAGACGAGGCCUUUUUGCGUUGUUGGAUUUGUAUCGGACGUUUGUCGUAAAUUCCCAGUAUCUAUUUGUGCAUGAGAGGUGGAGGAGGUAAACGACAGCCGUGUCCCACAGGAGGGCGGUCUUUUGAGUCUCGAUGCGGGGCGAGUGAGAAAGCU